UGAGGGUCAGAGUGAGGCGGUGAAAGAAGUUAAGAAAGAGGAGGUGGGUGGAGACCUGAUGUGUAAGGAGGAGAAAGGAAGAGACGCAGACAGCAGGCAGACAAGGGAGAGGAUGUGAGCAGGACAGAUCAAAAGUGAAGCAGAGAAAGAAAACGUGACACAGAAGACGCUCAAGGAAGGACACAGGCAGUCUACUGAGAGAGAUAACGGAAUACAGACAUGGCAGUAUGCUCUUUCUCCAGGAAAAUCUAUGUAAACUUUCUGGCCAGCUGUCUUGUACCUGUCAGUGCAUCGAUGCCAUGUCGUGUUACAGAGUGCCUGGAUGGCUUUUCCUGUUGUGAUUCACAGAGCAAAGUCUACCUGGACUACAGCUGGUAUGGGCCUCUGUUUAUCUGUAUGUUGAUAGUGUUCACAGUUCUGUGCCUUUGUGGGAUCUGUAAUAAUGUCUGCCGCUUCCGUCAAAAUCGAUCAUCACCACCAUCACCACGAGAGACACCUUUUGUAGACAUGAGUGCACCUCCACCGUAUAGCGAGGUUACUGCCAAGCCUUUCCUUUACCCUCCAAGUACAGCCAGCCCACCAUCUUACAGCAGUGUGGUACAGACGGGCCCAGCUCCUCCUUUUAUGGGAGAUCAGAGUUGAUGAUAAAGUCACUGGACAGAAGUUCGGCUACUUGUGUUCACUUAAAGACGUUGUCAUUCAGAGCAAUAGGAGUGGCAUAUGGAGCAGUUACAUGGAGCAGUAGGAGGAGAAGGGAUAAACUGCAUGAAGCAAUGGCAGGGGUUAUUAGCCAUGGUUAUUUGCAGUCAUAGGAAGAUUUACAGAUGGAUAUUCUUUGUAGUAAUAAUAGGGGGACUGAUAAGGAGAUGUAUUGAAAAGUAGUAAGAAGGAAGAGAAGAAGAAAGGCAGAGGUUAUAUGGAGGAAAUUCUUAAAUGGAAUAAUAGGACAAAUUGUGAAGAGAAGUUAUAUGGAGUAACAGUAGGCGUUAUAGGGAGAUGUUAUAUGGAGUAAUAGGAGGAGUCACAGGAACAAGUUACUGAAAAUACAGUAAUAAAAGUAGUUAUAGAGACAGGCUACUGUCUAUGGGGUACAGGAAGAGUUACAGGGAGUUGUUAUAUGGAGUUUAGUAGGAAUUGUAGGGAUAGGUUAUAUAAAGUAAUAGGAGUUGCAGUGAUACAGGAGGAGUUAUAAGAAGAGAUUACAUGGCGUAAUAGGAAUAUUCAUAUUAGUGAUAUGGAGAAAUAGAAGUUAUAUGGAAAGGUUAUAUUAAGUAAUAGGAAGAGAUAUAGUGGGGAAUUCAAUUGCCGGCAAAUCCAUUUGCUAAGCCGAAGUAACCCAAUCUCCCACAAAGGGGUAGCAAACACUUUGUGAGAAUUUGGCAUUUGGCUGGUUGGGCAAAGGGGGUGAGAUGGGGUGUUGUGGCCUGCGAUUAAACGCUGUGGAAACGGCAAUUUACACCCUUUGCCCAGAAUUUAAUUCCCUCCAUGGAGAGAGGUUACAUGGGUGACAGGAAGAGUCAAAGCAAUGAUAUGGAGUUAUAGAAUUAAAUAUUAGGAGAGGUUAUAUGGAGUCAUCGGAGAAGAUAUAGGGAGAGGUUAUAUGGAGCAAUAGGAAAAGUUAUAGGGAUAGGUUAUAUGGAGUAAUAGAAGUUGUAGGGAGAGGAUACAUGUAGUAAUCUGAGAUGUUGUAGGUAGAGGUUAUAUGGAGCAAUAGGAAAAGUUGUAGGGCGAGGAUACAUUGAGUAAUAGGAGAAGUUGUAGGGAAAUGUAACAAAUGUUAUAUUGAGUAACAGGAAAAGUUUUAGGGAGAGGUUAUAUGAAGCAAUAGGAGACGUUGCAUGGAGAGGUUAUAUGGAGUUAUUAGAAGGAGAUAUAAGAAUAGGUUAUAUGGAAUAAAGGGAGCAGUUAUAGGGAGAGAGACAAUUUUGAGGGAAAUCUUAGAUGGAUUAAUAUAAAUAUUUAGAAGGAGAGGCUUUAUAAACUAAUAUGAGGCAUUAUAGGGAGAGUUUAUAUCGAGUAGUUGGAUGAGUUAUAUGGAGAGCACAUAUGAUUGAAUAGGAAUAUUUAAAGGAUAGGUUAUGUGGAGUAAUAGUAGAUGCUAGAGAGAGAUUAUAUGAGAGAGUAGUAAAAGUUAUUUGGAGAGGUUACAUGAAUGAACAGGAAUCUUUACAGUAGAGGUUAUGCGGCGUAGUAGGAGGAGUUAUAGGGAGAUAGGUUGUGGAAAAUUAGGAUAUACUGUAGGUAGAGAAUAUAUGAGUACGACACCUUAGAGGAAAGGUUAUGUGGGGUAAUGAAAGGAGUUAUUAUAAAAACAUAGAAUUUGACAGCAGAUAAGAACCUCUUAAAAAAUCUAGUCUGCCUGUUCUCAUUUAUCCUUUUGGCAUCUUCAACCCUAUUUGAUCCUUAGUUCUCUGUAAGUUCUUAUGUUUAUCCCAAGCUGUUUACAUUUCUCUACUGUCUUAACCUCAACCACCUCUGAUGGGAGGCUAUUCCAUUUAUUCAUUACCCUUUUGAGAAGUAAUUUUUCCUCAAAUUUCCUCUGAACCAACCUCCCUCCAGUUUCAGCGUAUAUAUUCAUGUUCAAGUACUUCUCUACCAUAGAAGAAUGUUUCCCUCCUGUACCUUGUUAAAAUCCUAGGUAUAUUUGAAAGUUUCUGUCAUGAUCCCCCCUUUCCCCGCUCUGCUCCAAACUAUACAUAUUAAGAUCUUUUAAUCUUUCCUGGUAAGUUUUGUGGUGUAGACCACCAUUUUAGCUCUUUAGACAGUCUCUUAUGUAUUUAUAGCCUUCUGGGGAUUUAGCCUCCAGAACUGAACACUGUAUUCUUCUGUAGAUGAGGCUGUACCAAUAACCUGUAGAGUGGCAUUAUUCUUUUUUUGUGCUACUGAUUCCUCUCCCUAUGCAACCAAGCAUCUGACUCAUUGCUUGUUACAUUGCUUACGUGCCUUCAAGUCCUCUAAAAUAGUGACUCCUAAAUCCUUUUCCUCCAAUGUAUUUUCCAUUAUAGUACCCUUGAUACUAUUUGGAGACACUUUGUCACAUUCUGGCCACACUCUGCUGGUAUCACCAGCAGAUGAACGGCGGGGUGUACGGCUUUCCAAAGCGUCCUGCUAUGGAAAGAUGCUCACCCCCGCUGACAUCGCUGGGCAGGGGGGAAAAGCGCUCAGUGUGUAUGCACUGAGCGAUUUUCAGUUCAGCGAUGUCAGCGAUCAUCGCUGUGCAUACACGCUGGGCAAAAACGCCCAGUGUGUAUGCACCAUAACAAUCUGAGAUGUGGGGCCGUGUCAAAAGCCUUACUAAACUUUAGAUAAGCUACAUCUAUAGCCCCCUCUUGAUCUACAGUAUUACUCUAGUCACUAAGGGGGACAUGUACUAAGCAGUGAUAAAAGUGGAGAAGUU